AUAUUAAAACCCAUAAUUUUAGUCUUCGUAAAGUUUUUUGUUGUACGAGAACGUAUUCAUCGUACGUAUUCUAAAAACUUUCGAAUUCUAGAAAUAAGACUUUUAUCAAAUCUGUAGUGAUACAAAUAAGUGCUAAAAGAUGUUAUUCAUUCCUUAUCGUGCGAAUCUGUAUAUUAGGAGAACAUAUUUAUUUCUUGGAAAACUAAUAUUAUAAAUCAAGAUGUAUAAUAAGUUUACAGCAAGUAUUUUAAACAUCAUCAUUUAUCUACGAUCAAAAUUAAAUUAAUCUAAUGCCAUGAUGUCCCGUAGUAAAAAUAUUUGCGAUCUCCACGACGCAGUUCAAUAUAACAGACAAUUCGCAAAAAUGCUCAUUGAAUUCGCAUCCACUCACGUUGCCAUGACAUUCCAAUUAUCCAGUCUCAGUUCCAAUUUAGCGGAUAAAAUGUCGGAGCAAAUGUUGUAAGAGCGAGAGACGCGCGCGGAAGGAUAAUCAUCGACAGGAAACGUAUUAACAAGGGACUUAAUGCGAAGCGGUUAGUCUCAUUGAGAAUUGCAGACGCCGCCGGCGGCUGGACGGCCUUCUUCAUGAAUAUUGAAUCGCGUAAUUUCAUAAUUCAGUGAUUAGACGUGGAUUUCCCCAGUGGGUCGUUGCCUUCGAUCCUUUCUCCUGAUUCUCAUGGGGGAGGAAGAGUAAAAGAGGACUAACCGAAGAGCAAAGAAGGAUCCCGCCGUAUACGAGUCGCAUCAAUAAAAUAUGAAAUUCAUGGGCUCGUCUUCGACGCUCGACAUUCAUAGAUAACAUUUCGAACAUUCAAAAAUGUGGGAAAUGAGAUCUUAAAGCGUAUCCUAAAUCGUAUGAGGUCUUGUCAAAUUAUCUCCAAGAGUCAUCAUUAAGAGUGACUGCUAUGAAAACAUGCGAAUUUCCGGGACUCGCGAAGAUAUGUAUAAAUACCGGGAAACGAAAGGGUGACGAGAUGUGAAACUUCCUCUUAUUCACACGGUUCCCGUCGCAUAACUGAACGUUCCUAUUGCGCUCGAUGCACGUUACAUUAAGCUCAAGGUGAUAUGGAAGCAGAAGACGAAGUGGAUGAUGAGUUGUCGGAGGCCGCCGACACGGAAGCAAAUCAUAAUAACAAUCUCGAGAACUUCGAAACAAUGAAGAUCUCUACAAAGUCGGUGUCCGAGAAGACACCAGAGAAGGACGAUUGUCCUUUGGUGCGCUCGUCCAAUCCCGAGCAAUCGGAAAUCGUUGGCUCCGCUGACGAUAGUUCCGAAAAAUUGAAAACGUCCGCGCGAUCAGAAUCAAAAAUACCCCUAAGUACAAGCAUAAAGACUGAUAUGAAGGAGGUUGAGAUAAUUAGGCUAUGCAGGAGUAAGAAAGUCAGCUGCCAAGAUAUUAUACAUGAGUACGAUGAGGAUGACAAUCUCACCAUGGAUAGAGUUGGAAGAUAUCUGGAGGCGCAUCCUGCUUUAGCCGAAACGUGGCUGCGGGAGAAAGCGAGUCUCCAUCUUCGACAAAGAUUGCAGAACACGUGUAUGCUGCAACCGAUACCACCACCGAGUGCGCCCAGCGUGCAGCAGGAAGAGAACCUUCUCAACCGGGGUAAACGUAACAGCGUCACAUCCGAUCUCUUUCAGACCUGGCUGGCCUCGAGUUCACCCGCAAAACGUAGCAGAAGUCCCAACAGGACUUACAGCACGCUAAUGGAGGCUCGUCGCGAGGAACUCGGUAGACUAGACGAAAGCGAUCUGUUUAUGGAACUGAUAAGGGACGUGGCAAAUGAACUGGACAUCAACGUCCUAUGCCACAAAAUCCUCGUAAACGUCGGCCUACUCACUUAUGCCGAUCGCGGCAGCCUGUUCCUGGCGAAAGGACCAUUAGAAGACCGAUACCUGGUAGCAAAGCUGUUUGACGUCACCCAGGAUACCGAGCUCGAGGAAGCCAUUCAACGGGCUAAAAACGAGGAGAUCAAAAUACCGUUCGGAGUCGGUAUCGCCGGUUACGUGGCGCAAACCAAGGAGAUUAUCAAUAUCAAGGACGCUUACAAGGAUCCGAGAUUCAACAGCGCCAUCGAUAUGCGAACCGGAUACAAAACAACGUUGAUCCUAUCGAUGCCGAUCUGCAAUUACGAGGGCGACGUCAUCGGGGUCGCCCAGAUUAUCAACAAGACGAAUGGCAGCAACGAAUUUACAGAUAGGGACGUCGAGGUGUUUCAAAGAUACCUCACAUUCUGCGGCAUCGGCAUACAGAACGCGCAAUUGUUCGAGCUGUCCGUGCAGGAGUACCGACGCAAUCAAAUACUCCUCAAUCUCGCGCGGAACAUAUUCGAGGAGCAGAAUAAUCUCGAGUGUCUUGUCACGAAGAUCAUGACCGAGGCAAAGGAGCUGCUCAAAUGCGAGAGAUGCGCCGUUUACCUGCUGGAUUUGGAUUGUGGCGAGGCAGGACAUCUCGAGAAAAUCGUUGAGCGGCCCGGGAGAUCGGUACAAGAGAGCAGAAAGCCGUUAUCGAGAAGAGAGGCGGCUCAGAGCAACAACAUCGACAUGGAGGACAUUAUCCAACAGCACGGCUCGACCGAAGGCAGCAAAUUUACCAUGGUAUUUGAAAUGGAGAACGAAACGCAAGAGGCUCGAGUCUAUCGGCCAAGUAACAACAACCUAUCGAGUUCUUUAGGACAAAUCGCGAGGUACGUCGCUGCGACGGGUCAAAUUCUCAAUAUCGGCGAUGUCGCUACGUGGCUGAAAAAAGGCGUAAUCGAGAGUGGGAAGGAACCCAUCAGGAGUAUCUUAUGCAUGCCGAUUGUAAACGGUCAGAGGAUCGUCAUCGGAGUUGCUCAAUUGAUCAACAAGGACAAUGGCACAUCCUUCACCGAUUCGGACGUGUCGAUAUUUGAGGCGUUUGCCAUCUUUUGCGGUCUUGGUAUUCACAACACGCAGAUGUACGAAUCCGCGUGUAAGCUGAUGGCGAAGCAAAAAGUGGCCCUCGAAUGCCUGAGUUAUCACGCGACCGCCAACAACGAGGAUGCCCUGCGACUCGUCUCCGACACCAUACCGUCCGCGGACACGUACAAUCUUUACAGUUUCACGUUCAUCGACUUCGAUCUCAACGACGACGACACGUGCCGCGCCACCAUCAGGAUGUUCAAGCAGUGCGAUCUCAUACAGAAGUUUCACAUACCCUACGACGUCCUGUGCAGAUGGAUCCUCAGUGUGAAAAAGAAUUAUAGGCCAGUAAAGUAUCACAAUUGGCGGCACGCGUUGAACGUCGCGCAAACGAUGUUUGCGAUGCUAACGACCGGCAAGAUGGAACAAUUCAUGACCGAUCUGGAGAUUCUUGGACUUCUGGUGGCCUGUCUCUGUCAUGACUUAGAUCACCGCGGCACAAACAACGCAUUCCAAACGAAAACCGAAUCCCCAUUGGCGAUUCUUUACUCCACCAGUACGAUGGAGCACCACCACUUCGAUCAGUGCGUCAUGAUUCUGAAUUCCGAUAGCAACAACAUCUUCCAGAGCCUGUCGAUGGAGGACUAUAGACGCGUGAUGAAAGUUGUCGAGAGCGCCAUUCUGUCAACCGAUCUGGCAAUGUACUUCAAGAAGAGAAAUCGCUUUAUGGAAGUUAUCGACGAAGGCGAGUUUGAUUGGCAAAGCGAAGAGAAGAAAGAAUUGCUAUGCGGCAUGAUGAUGACGGCGUGCGAUGUGAGCGCGAUUGCGAAGCCCUGGGACAUACAACAUCGCGUCGCGAAGCUGGUGGCCGACGAGUUCUUCGAUCAAGGCGACUUGGAGCGCCUCCAGCUCAAUCAGCAACCGGUGGCGAUGAUGGACCGCGAGAGGCGGGAUGAAUUACCGCAGAUGCAGGUUGGCUUCAUCGACGUGAUUUGCCUGCCGCUCUACAAAGUCCUGUCGGAAACAUUCCCGUGGAUAUUGCCGCUCUACGAGGGCACUUUGGAGAAUCGGAAGCACUGGCAGGAUCUGGCGGAGAAGGUCGAGAUGGGACUGACGUGGAUCGAUCGCGACACGAUCGAGGAGCCGGUGGAGGAAUUCGUUUCUUACGAGCCUAAAGACAUCGAGUUUACGGUUACAACUUUGAACUGUUCUCACGCCGACAAGAAGGAACAAGUACCGGAUAAAUCGUCGCUCGGCAGAUUCGCCUCGUUGAGAAAGGGCGGGCGAACGUUGGGCAAAGGGAUGCGGCAUCGCAUCAGCAGAUCUCUCUACGCCAGGAGCAGCUCGGAGGAUGCUGGCAAAUCGAAGGCGCUGCUCCCGGAGAGGAAAAAUCGAAACAAACUGUGCCUGCUCAUUUGACGGCUAACUUCGACGACGCUCGAGAGCAUCCCUGAAUGAUAGCCAAUAGGCGACGAAAUUGAGAGAUAUAAGUAUUUAAAUAUACACAUUGCAGCUUCCAAGUCACGGAAGAUGGAAUCUUUAACGUUGAGAUUACUUGGAAGCUGAAGUAUGGCAGAUGAUCCGUUGACACUGUCAUUGGAGGAAGAGCUUUAGGAUGAAUCUAGAAGUCGUUCUUAGGGAACAUCGUCUACACUUCAAUAACUAAGUCUACGGACUACUCUCGAAAAGUAGAAUGAUACCGAAUGAAUUGUUUGAAGGAAGCUUUUUUGAAGCUGCUUUCAGUUGCAGCGAAGUACUUACAGGAGAUGAAUCCUUUUUGAGAAUUCUUAGCAGAGAAAACACCGAUACUUACAGACACAAUCAUUAUAUGCAAUUUUUUAAUCAAGAAAGACCAUACUUUGAUGAGAUAAUUAUUACUUUGAUCAGAUUUAAGAGUGAUCAAAAUAAAAAGACACAAAAAUAAGCAAUGAAAAGAAACGACGAUAAAUUUCGCAAUUUAUAAAAACCAAAUAUUAGGCGUAAAAAAUUAACGAGUUUAAUUAGAUUUGAGAAAACCGACAAUAUCGAUGAAAAAAAAUUGCAGUCAAGGCAAAGAAUAUUUUUAAGACAAGCAACUAAAAUAUAUCGAAAUGUGAUAAUUCACGUUCUCAACAAAAACUGAUUUAGUUCGAAUUCAUUAAUAUUCUGUCAUUGUUCAGUUCACAAUAUUAAUAAAAUUAGGAGAAUUAAAAAUCUUGAUAUUAUUUAAUCGAAUUAAGUAUGAAUUUGAAUCAAAUUAUGCAAAGGGAGAUUCGACGUAACUGAUGUGUAAAAUUAGUGCAGAUAAAGUGAAUUAUAAAACCAAAAGAAUACAUAUUACGUAAUUACUAUCGCCAAAAAACAGUAAAGUCCCAGUAAAGAAAAUAUGUUCAAAGAAGAUGUUCUAUUGAUUCUGGCAUAUUCUUCACUAUUUCUAUUGCCAGAUGUAGAAAAUGACGAAUCAAAAUACCAAAAUAACGCUGAUGACGAACCUUCGUGGGAUUAAGACGAUGAACUGAAUAACACAUAGUCCGAAA